AGCCCCUCGUACCUACUCGGCAAGUGUCACGGAGUGAUCAGGGUCGUCAGUGGGCCCUUUUUCUCGUCCAUCCUCAUAUAGCAGGCAUCUCUCUCUCACCAGUCACCACUCACCACCAGACAUCUGCAGGUCUAUCACACUAAGUGUUGCGAUUGAGAAGCAUCAGACAUGGGGAGGUCACCGUGCUGCGAGAAGGCUCACACGAACAAGGGUGCCUGGACCAAGGAAGAGGACCAGCGCCUCGUCGCCUACAUCAAGGCCCACAGCAAGUGCAGCUGGAGGUCGCUUCCUAAGGCGGCGGGGCUGUUGCGCUGCGGGAAGAGCUGCCGGCUGCGGUGGAUCAACUACCUGCGCCCUGACCUCAAGCGGGGCAACUUCACAGAGGAGGAAGACGAGCUCAUCAUCAAGCUCCACGGCCUCCUCGGAAACAAGUGGUCUCAGAUAGCCGGGCGGCUGCCGGGCCGCACUGACAAUGAGAUCAAGAACUACUGGAACACGCACAUCAAGCGCAAGCUCCUGGCCCUCGGUAUCGACCCGCGAACCCACCGCCAGCUUAGCGUCGCCGCCGCUGCGUCAGGACCCGGCACCAACCGCCAGCACCACCUGGCGGCGCGGUCGAGCUGCUCCCCGGAGACCAGCGGCGCCGGCCGCAGCAGUGACGACGACAGCGGCGCGUCCGUGCCGCGCCUUGUUGGCUGUAUCGACCUCAACCUGUCCAUAAGCCAGCCGAGUCAGCCGUCGUCCUUGACAUCUUCGUCGCCGCUGCCGGUGAAGCAAGAGACAGAAGCAACAAGCAGCGCGAUCGCAGUGGUCGUAUCCAUGGCAGAAGUUACAACUGCAGUGAGUGCAAGCUGCUCAGGUAGGAAGAACAUAUGUUUGUGCUUGAAUCGCCUGGGCUUGCAACGAGGUGACAGGUGCACCUGCGGCUAUGUUUAGCUUCUCUUCUUCAUCCAUGCAUCUUGCAGGACGGAAGAUCAACAGUGAGUACUCACUUGUUAGUUGUUACGACUGGGCUCAAAGUAGUGUAUCUCUGGAGAAAGAGAAAAUGAUGUUGAAAUCUAUAUAUGUUUGGUGGAGCAUUGUGAUUUGAUUUUGAGGAAGUCGGUCUGCUCCCUGUUCCAUUAAUUUUUGUAGUUAAGCAUCAGCUGGCUCAUCUUUUGUGCUUGCUCUUCACUAAAUUCUAUGCUAGCUACUUUGAUGUUC